AUGUCGCGGCAGCCGAGGCCGCCAUACAGAGCGUUUCCGGCAGGUAUGACCGAACCCGAUGACACCGGCGAAGGAGCCAGCGGUGUCGAGGACAGUUUUCGUGGUACGACCGCUUUCGCUCCUGGCCGUAUGUUCAGCCGUCCACCACAUCUGCAGACCGGCACCAGCGCAUACGCGUUCGCAGCCACGCCAGAUGCUGUUCCGGCGCUACCGCCACACCAAACUGGCUGGCAGCCCGCCCGAAUGUCGCCCAAAGUCGGCUACUCCAGAGUCGCAUCCUUCGAAGGCACACCACAAGCAGGGCCAAGCACGCUCUUCAACGCUGCCCCGCCGCGCACUGAAAGGCAACAAGCGGUAGCACGACCACCGGCGCUCAACAUGGGUCCACCCAUGCCCGUCUUUGCUACGGCGCCCAGUGCUGGCGGGAGCAACCUCUUCGCCCGACCCCCGCCCAUGCCAACCAUGACCGGCUUUGCAAGCCCACCCGAAGCCUCCCUUUCGACCUCGUUCAGCUUUGCGCCCCGAGGGCCGGCGAGUAGCAUGUUUGCCCUUCCCACGAUUCGACCUCCCGUGCAGCUCGCGCCGUCGCACGCACUCGUUCGGCCGGCUCGUCCAAUCGCUGCAAACACCGCAGCGCCGCCUCCCGCGUUCUUCAACCCCAUCGCCGCAACCCCUCCCAACGCUACGACAAACCUCGACGCUGCAGCUCUCGCCGCCGAGCGGCGCAUCCGCGAAGCUAGAGCCAACCCUCGUCCCGCCGAUCCCGUUCCGCGCCAGCCGAGCGUCUCCUUUUCUCCGAUCAUCAGCACGCCGCAGCAUGGCUCGUACAACGCCCUCCCUCCGCCGCCGCCCAAUCGUGCCGCUGCCGGGGCUGCCGCACCAUCCCGCACCCAUUCAACAGCACUAGGGGUCGACAGCAGCAUCCCUCAUCUUAAUCGCGCCCCUCGUCUCGUCUCUACCUCGCACAAUGUCUCGCUCUCCACCGACUCUGCAUUCACUCGUCCAACCGCGACUCGUCUCUUCCCCACCGCGCCCAGUGCGCCAUCCCAGCCCUUGUUCCCUUCCACGAGCUCGACCUCGCAUACGGCCGAGCAAUCGGUGUCGUGGACGGCGGACGAGCCUUCCGUCACCUCGCACGUCCCUCCGCCUGUCCGGCUGCGCAAGUGGGACGGCACCCAAACGCUCGUCCCUGCCUACCUCGUGUCGGAUUCUGCAGAGCAGGCGGUGGAAGAAGAGUGUUUUGACGCCGACGUCCUGCGUUUUCGGCCUGCCGAUCUUCUCGCCAUCCACGCAUCGAAGGUUCUCGGUCAACCUUCCACCCCACCUGCAGACGAAGGGGUGGAUGCGGUGAAGGGGAUAUUGGAGAUCCAACUGGGUCUACGCGGGUUGCACGGAUGGUAUGGGCAUUCCUAUCGAAACCCUCGGGCGCGACGGUCCUCACCCCCACCCGCAGGAGAGGAGGGGGAUGGAUCGAGAUCGCGCAAACGUCGACGCACUUCUUCUCCCGAGAGCACACCAAAUUGCAGCACCGAGAUCGCGGAUGAAGACGAACCGAUCAUUGUAUACGACAGCUUUGGGCGGAUUCGAGGUCAUAUUUCGCUGCCGAACUACGCGCAUCAUGGUGGGCCGGCGUUUCCGCUGCCGGAGCCGAGACAGACGUUUGCCCUGCGUCACGCGGUAGCUGCCCAACUCGUGCUGACCAGCGGCACAAGUUUGGCGGACAAGGAGACGAGGCUGGUGCGCGAGGAGGAGGUGUUGAAGGAGCGCUGGGCGGAGUUGUCCAGCAAUCGAGCCACGGACGAAGGGCAAACGAUCCGCUCCACCCGCUUCCACACCGAGCUCAAGGACAAACAUCAGGCGCUCGAAACGUUUCGUUCCACCCACCGAAAAGCUUUGCUCAAAGGUCUACAGAAUGCGUUGCUCGACUCAACACUCGUCGCGCCACCCAGACCGAUCGUUGCACGCCAGUAA